AUGACUACUUUCGCGCAACAUCCAGACAACGAGGCGCCAGACGUACCGUGCUAUACCGCCCCAGAGCCGCACAGUCAUCAAUACAUGCCAAACCAGCAAGCUCAGCAGCAAAUGCGACAACCAGCACCACCCACACAGCAAUAUCCACCUGAAGAUCAGCAUUACCUACAGUCAAGAUAUGCGGGCCCAGAGUCUAUGCAGAAUCAACAUCCUGUCUACCCGGCAAUGUCUUCGUAUGUGCAACCACCAGGCGAGUCGUAUUAUGGUCAGCAACUCCGACCCAGCUUGGACCAGAGACGCAGCGAAGCAAGCUUCCGCUCUACACAUUCACACAAGUCAACCUGGUCGACAGAUUCACAUCGAUCGCAUCACUCAACAAGAUCACACGAGUCGAGUCGUUCGCAUACAAAUCGGUCGCACCACACUGAUCGCGAUGCCAACCAGGAGUCCAAGAAUCGCAAGAAGAGAGAUUUGGACGCUAGGCCGACGAUGGGAGACAGUGUAAUGCUCGUGGUCAACCAUGUCCGAGACCUGCUUUCUAGCGAUAGACAGUGA